AAGCGUAGUUCCUUCUGUCUUCCUUGGUUGGGACUCAUGGCUCCCCCUCAGCUCGGCACGGACCUUCUGGCCCUCUUCCUACUUCUCGUGGCUUCAUGUUUCGUCAUCAUUAGACGCCUCCGAUCAGGCCACAACGACAUUGGCCGAGUGCUGCCGCCUUCGCCUCCUGGUCUACCCAUCAUCGGCAAUAUCCACCAGCUCGCCCGGGGACACCACCACCGGAAGCUGCAGGCUCUCGCAAAGCAGCACGGCGACAUCUUUCUCCUCCGGCUAGGGACCGUGCCCACUGUGGUGAUUUCCUCGGCUUCCAUGGCCGAGGAGGUGCUCAAGAAACAGGACCACGUCUUCUGUGGCCGUCCGCAGCAGCGCACGGCCCGCGGCAUCUUGUACGAUUGCAGGGAUGUCGGCUUCAGCCCCUACGGAGAGCGGUGGCGCCAGCUUCGCCGCAUCGCCGUCGUGCACCUCCUCAGCGUCAAGCGGGUCGACUCCUUGCGUGCUCUCCGGGCAGAGGAGGUCGCGUCGUUGGUGGCCCGGAUCCGCGCCGCGAGUGCCAUGGACAUGGAGGACCAAAGCGGCAGCACUCGCCGAGGAAUCAACGUAAGUGAGCUUAUCGUCAGCUUAACCUAUACUGUCGUCUCGAAGGCGGUGUUUGGGAACAAGCUUGGGGGCAUGGAUCCCAAAAGUCUGCGCGCGAUGAUGAAAGAGGAAUCUGAUCUGCUCGAAACGGUGGCGGUGAGCGACAUGUUCCCACGUCUCCAGUGGGUGGACUGGGCGAUGGGUCUCGACGCAAGUAUAAAGAGGACUGCAAGCAAGCUUGACGGCGUUCUUGAAAGAACACUUCAGGCGCACGAGAAUAGCUCGGAAAAUAACGGCGAGGCUGGUGACCUGCUCGAUGACUUGCUUUCGGUGGUCAAAAAGGAGGGUGGCGAGGGGUUUAUGCUGGAUAGGGUUGAUGUCAAGGGACUCGUCCUAGACUUGUUUGUAGGAGGAAUCGAUACAACUUCCAAGGCGAUAGAGUGGGCAAUGGCACUGCUAAUCAAGAACCCAAGAGAGAUGGCCAAAGUUCAAGAGGAGGUGAGGCAAGUUGCUGGGCCACAAGGAGUCCUAGAGGAGCAGCUAGGGAGGAUGAGCAGACUGCAGGCGUCUCUGAAAGAAGCCAUGCGGUUACAUCCACCGGUGCCGCUGCUAGUCCCCCAUGAAACGAUCCAAGACACUAAACUCCACGGCUACGACAUCCCUGCCAAGACUCGAGUCAUCAUCAAUGCAUGGGCGAUUGGCAGGGACAGCCAGUCUUGGGAGAAUGCUGAGGAGUUCCUGCCAGAGAGGUUUGUGCAUGAUGCCAGUGACUACAGUUGCAAAGGCUUUCGAUUCAUACCUUUUGGCGCUGGGAGGAGGGGAUGCCCUGGCAUUGCCUUUGCAACGCGACUCGCGGAGCUUGCACUGGCCAAUUUGCUAUACCAUUUUCAUUGGGAGCUGCCAGAGGGCCAGGACGUCGAGUCAUUUCAAGUUGUCGAGUCUAGUGGCCUAUCGCCAGCUCUUAAGUCUGCGUUGACCCUUGUCGCGAAACCCUUACAUAUGCAUGAACCUCCACAACUGCAAUAGGUACUACUUGUGUAAGAAAGGUAAAGGGAGAGAUCGAUACAGACUACUUAUAAGUGUAUACAUGGUUUUAUAUAAGUUCUAAUAAGACAUGAGCAAUACAUAUGGACCAAGUGGUCCUUAUAGAUGAGUUUCACAUGAGCAGGUAUUAGUUAUCAAUGUUGCAGGCUAAAAUAAACUGUAAGAUAGGCCUCAUAAGAAUCCAAGUCCCCUUUGUCCCA